CGCUGGCGCCGCAGGCAGCGCCGGCGCCGCGUGACGUCAUCGCCGCCCCACUGCUUUCCGGAAGACGGCGUGGCCGGCCAGUGAGUAGGUCAUAAUGGCAGAAGAAGAAAUUAAUGAAGACUAUCCAGCAGAAAUCCAUGAGUAUUUAUCAGCAUUUGAGAAUUCCAUUGGUGCUGUAGAUGACAUGCUGAAGACCAUGAUGUCUGUUUCUAGAAAUGAGUUGUUGCAGAAGUUGGACCCACUUGAACAAGCAAAAGUGGAUUUAGUUUCUGCUUACACAUUAAAUUCAAUGUUUUGGGUUUACUUGGCAACUCAGGGAGUUAAUCCUAAGGAACACCCAGUAAAGCAGGAACUGGAAAGAAUCAGAGUGUACAUGAACAGAGUCAAGGAAAUAACUGACAAGAAGAAGGCUGCCAAGCUGGACAAAGGUGCAGCUUCAAGAUUCGUGAAAAAUGCCCUCUGGGAACCAAAACCUAAAAAUGCAUCCAAAGUUGCCAGUAAAGGAAAAAGUAAAAAAUAACCUUUUGGUUUUGAUGUACACAUGUUCAAAAAGUACAUCAUUUUUAUUGUUUAACAGGUGGUUAUGUGGCAAUGCACGGUUUAAAUGUAUUCCUUAUUGAAUUCAUAUAUAAAAUUUACAUUUGAAUUUGUAAUGCUAAAUACAUUUCCCCCCAGAAAGAUGAAGUUAUCUUUAUUGAUUUUCCUAUAGUGUACUGUGAGGUUUUUAACGUUGUGGUGUAUUUUAUAUUUAUAGUUUACCAUCUCUCUUGACAGGACUCUUGUUUCCUUAUAUAGGUCAACCUUUCAAGUACUAUUUUAUAAGCAACUAUGAAAUUUAAGUUAAAUGUUCUCUGUAAACAUUUGUCUAUUUUAAAUGAAUAAUGACUUUAUGAAGUAUGCUUUCUGAAGUCUAAAGUUAUAAAUACAUCUGUUUUCACUAUAUACAAGAAAAAGUGAAAUGACUUAAAUGUGUUUUUUUUAUGUGUAGUUACUUCAUCAUGUUUUCAUGAUUUUGGGAAUUGCUUCUUUUGAUAUUUGAAGUGUGAAUUUAAGACUUUAAGGUUAUACUUUAACUUUUGGCACUCUGCCUAUAUGUCCCAUUUGAAGUAAAAUAUAUUCUCAUUAAUUGUGGAUGGGAAAUGAAGUUGUAAUUGAUGGCUGAAUUUGGGCAUAAUGGCUACAUCCUAUCAAUAAAGGCUGUAAGUGUUGUAUAGCUGACCUAUUUAUUCUCUUUUGAGUAAACUUGCCCUUGAAAGUGGGAAGUUAGAUUUUAGAAACCAUUAGGAAUAGAAAGAUUCAUGAGUUUUGUUCCUGAUGUAUAGUGCCCACAGUUCUAUCAGUCUCACUUUUCAUGUUUGAUUACAUGUUUUUGAGGUCAUGUCAAAUACAUGCAAGCAUUUUGGAACAACUUUCUAUGUUAACUUCCACUUAAGCAGAGGAGAAAGCUAAAAUGAUAUUUUAUUGUGUUUAUAUUCUGAUUUAUUUUCUUGAAAUAUUUGUUACAGAUAAUUCUAAUAUUAAAAUUAUUUUUAUGGCUAAGCCUUAUGAAUUUUAAUUAUAUUCCCUUAAUGUUUUCAGUCUUUGAAUUCACAUCAUGUGUAGGAAUGCCAAGUACAAUAAAGUACUUUAAUUUUUGAAAAAGAA